UUGGUUCCGGCCUAGCAGUUGGGUCCGGCCAUCGCUCGCCACCCGGCCCACUGCGGCGCCCUCGGAGCGCCGAGCGCCUGCGGCCGUCGCGAUUGGGUGGCUUGUGUCCGCUGCCAUGGCGGCCGCGCGGGCCCUGGUGGCGAAGGGGCCCUGCUGGCUCCGGCGCGGCCCGAGCGUCCGGCUCCCCGCGCGCUUCUGCAGCCGGGGGCCGGCCGGGGAGGGGCGGCCGGAGUCCGAGGCGCCGCUCACCCGCACGCAGCAGCGGGACGGCAUCAGGAACAUUGUCUUGAGCAAUCCGAAGAAGAGGAAUGCCUUGUCACUUGCAAUGCUGAAGUCUCUGCAAAAUGACAUUCUUCAUGAAGCCGAAAGCAAUGAUCUGAAAGUCAUUGUCAUUUCAGCCGAGGGGCCUGUUUUUUCUUCUGGGCAUGAUCUGAAGGAACUGACCAGUGAGCAAGGCCGAGACUACCAUGCUGAAGUGUUUCAGACGUGUUCCGAGGUCAUGAUGCUGAUCCGGAACCACCCCGUCCCCAUCAUUGCCAUGGUCAAUGGCUUGGCCACAGCUGCCGGCUGUCAGCUGGUGGCCAGCUGUGACAUUGCCGUGGCCAGCGACAAGGCCUCUUUUGCCACUCCUGGGGUGAACGUCGGGCUCUUCUGUUCCACCCCCGCGGUUGCCCUGGGGAGAGCAGUGCCCAGAAAGGUGGCCUUGGAGAUGCUCUUCACCGGGGAGCCCAUCUCCGCGCAGGACGCUCUGCUGCACGGGCUGCUCAGCAAGGUGGUGCCCGAGCCGCAGCUGCAGGAAGAGACCGUGAGGAUCGCGACGAAGAUCGCCUCCCUGAGCCGCCCCGUGGUGUCCCUGGGCAAGGCCACCUUCUACAAGCAGCUGCCCCAGGACCUGAAGACGGCCUACUGCCUGACCUCCCAGGCCAUGGUGGACAACCUGGCCCUGCGGGACGGGCAGGAGGGGAUCACGGCCUUCCUGCAGAAGAGGAGGCCCGUCUGGUCCCACUGAGCCCGCGAGAACGGACCCCCGGCGCGGAGCCCACCGCCUGCCUCCCCAUCCCAGCCACUGCCGCUGCCUCUCAACAGCUGACAGGCUGCUUUUAUUAAUACUGGUUUCACAUUAAUAGUCCUUUAUGACAGUCCUUUAUGAUAGUCCUUUUAAUAAUAUUAAAAGCCAUGAAUUCAUGGGGAGAGGAUGAGUGGAGAGUAACUGAGGUGCCAACUCGGCGGGAGGCUGGUGAGCCCCCGAGGCAGGCCACCCAGGGCAGAAGGCCGGGCACGAGGGUCCUUCCCAGCGCCUUAGGUGAGCAGCCACCCUCACAUAGCAGGGGGUCCCACUGCCCAGUCGAGGCAAGAAAGGAUGACCUGACCCUAUUCAGAAAUGUCCUCCAAGGAGGAGUUAAUUCUGGUCGCUCAAGAGAAGUGAGACAUUUCACAUCUCCACAAUACUCUCCACGCCGAAAAUCUUGAUUUGAAAGAGAAAAAAAUCAUGCCUAUGGCUUUGGAAUAAUCUUAUGUGAUUUAAAUACAUUAAAUAUUUAUAGAGACUGGUAAUUCUGUCUUCCCAACCACACCGUAAGCUAAGGGAAAAAAAAAAUCAGUUAGCUCUGUCUUUGUUUGCCCACGCUGACAGCCACAGAGUGGGCGCCUGGUGCUUCUGUUACGGGUUUCCUUGCCAUCCAAGCGUCUGUGAAAUCUGGAACUCCGGGCCGAAUGUGAGGAUAAAAACACUGGGGAGAGGCGGGAGGGAUGUAGGACACACGUCCCACCCAUGAAGAACCAUCCCCCCCAGACACAUUUCCAAACUGUGCUCAGCUUCCGCCAAAGAAUCCAGACCAAAUGUAGUUCUUAUAUUUGGGGAAACAGUUGAAUAAUUGGAUUUUUAAGUUUUUUAAACAUUUUUUAUUAAAGAUGAUUAUU